AUGCAUACAAUUUACAUCGAGGGCAAGAACUGGUUGCACUAUCAAACUCCCCUUGCAGCCAGUUGGGCUAUAAAGUGUAUUUGUAAGGCUAAACAUGCCUGCAGUGAUGCUAUGAAUUCCCCUUCUUGGCAUACUAAGAGCAGAUAUUCUAUCAAAGAAGUGUAUAACCUAAUCCAGACCCAAGCAGAUAAGACCCAAUGGGCAAGAUAUGUUUGGAACAGACUCUCUAUUCCUAAACACAGAUUUAUUUUGUGGAUGCUUAUUUGGGAUAGACUUAAAACCAGAGACAAAUUGUUCAACUAUGGUGUGUGUGCUGACAACCUAUGUUCUUUCUGUGGCGAUGCUGUUGAGACCAGUGCACACUUAUUCUUUGAUUGUGUGUAUAAUAAGAGAUUCUUAGUUGCUCUUUUGGCCUGGUUAGGUCUUAACACUCACAGAACCUCUGUGAGUUUGAUCCCGCAUUGGAUUAGGAGGAACUGUAGGAUAUCUUUCAAAAGGGAGGUCUUCUAUGCUUCUAUUGCUGGUGGUGUUUAUCAAAUCUGGAAAGCUAGGAACUCUGCUGUUUGGGAUCAUUCAGUUUCUACAAUUGAGGGCUUGCUUCACUCUUUACAGUCUGAUGUUAAACAUAGAAUCCUAAGUGUGAGUGGCAAAAAACUUAGUGACGUGGAUAGAGAGUGGUUAUUAGCUUUGUAA